ACGACGCUCAUGGUGCGCAACAUCCCCAACAAGUACACGCAGAAGGCCGUCCUCGAGGAGCUCGACGUCAAGUUCGCCAACACCUACGACUUCUUCUACCUGCCCAUCGACUUCAAGAACAAGUGCAACGUGGGCUACGCGUUCAUCAACCUCGUCGUCUCCAAGGACGCGCUCCGGCUCUUCAAGGAGUUCAACGGCCGCCGCUGGACCUGCUUCCGCUCGGGCAAGGUCUGCGCCAUCACCUACGCGCGCAUCCAGGGCAAGCAGGCCAUGAUCCAGCGCUUCCAGAACUCGUCCCUGCUCAACGAGUCGCUCGACGUCCAGCCGCGGCUCUUC